UGACGCCGUUGUCGAGGAUAUACAAGGGAACGGCAGGCAGUUACGUUUCGUUAUCACAAGUAUCGCAUAAUCGUUUCUGCCCCUCUUUCGCCUCCUUCGCCUGUUUCGCCUAGUGAACGAUGCUGUGGGAAGCUGUAACGGACUCUUGUGACGUGUGUCAAUGCACUAGACUCUUCAAGAAUGCUUUCAAAAUUAAAAGCACUCCCGAAAGUGCUGCGAACAAAGCGAAGACGCGCCGUCUCCUCGGAAUAACUGCACGCCGCCUGUCUAGUCCCGAAGUUACGCUGAAAACCAAUAAAGAGAAUGGUGGCGCCAUCUGCAGUCCCCAAGCCAACAAUUCGAGCCCUCGGAAGAUCGCUCACGGAAAGACGAAAUUACGACACCCUCUGGAGGACUACGACCCGAACAGUCAAGACAGCGGCUACGGUGCAAAUUUUCCUGAUCGAGAAGAGGCAGGGUCAAAGAGUCAAGACAGAUUCCAAUUCGCGGAACCGCUGGGAUUUGCACCUCGUCGAUUGUCCGUGGAGUCCCGCAGCCCCGUACAAUCGCCCGUACGGUACUCCCCUCGACACCGGAAUGCAAGACCAUCCUUGUUUAGAAGUUUAUCCUCGGGAUACGAGAGUAUGGACGAUGGCUUCAACGAGCUGAUAGACAUGGAUACCUUGGACGAGAACGCGCAGCUACCCAAUGGGAUUUCAAAUUUAUUGUCCGGCCACAUCGUUUCAACGGAGAAGCCGAUGGACUGCGACGGCUCGACCACGCCUGAAUUUCCCAAAACCAAGGCUGCCUUCAGACGGUCCUUGUCGUUGCACAACGAAAGACCCGAAAAGAGUACUUCUAUCGCGAAAGUCCGAUCCUGCCUCUUCCGUUCGCCAAAUGCUACUUCCUCGGCUGCUAAACUGUCUUUCGAGGAUAACCGGAGAUACAGUCCACUGGGUUCACCGCAAGUGAAAUCCUUUAAGAGGCCAGAACCGCCGACCAACAUAAGCCCGAUGCUAGUCAAGCGAUCAAAGAAAGCCUGCAGCUUCCAAGACAUCCCCUUGGAUUCCCCGGACUUGAUAACCGACAAGCCUGUCUUACAGAGAAGCUUUUCCGAGACCGAGGCACACGCACAUAUCAAAUCGGCCAUUCACAGAAGUACCACCGACGCCGACCUGACGGGCGAUUUCAGUAAAACCUGUAUCUUACCGUUGGCCGAUGGAAACCACGAAGACCUGAAAUCCAUUUCAACGGAUACGUUAGCGGCCCUGAUUCAUGGAGACUUUAAAGAUACCAUCGACUCCUUCACCAUCGUCGACUGUCGGUAUCCGUACGAGUUCGAAGGGGGUCACAUCGCAGGUGCGGUGAAUCUCUACAAUAAAGACCUUAUCGAGCAAACGCUCUUGGAUCCACUCACUAACACGCCCGAGAUACAUCCGGAUACGAGGAAACGCAACAUCCUUGUGUUCCACUGCGAGUUCUCCUGGAAACGAGGACCUAAUCUCUCACGGUUUCUCCGAAAUAUUGACCGACAACGGAACAAGGAACACUAUCCCGCGUUACACUACCCAGAGGUAUACCUUCUUCAUGGAGGUUACCGACAGUUUUACACGGAGCAGAGGCAUCUUUGCUCGCCCCAGGGUUACAGGCCUAUGAGGGAUCCAAAUCAUGAGGCGGAUUUGAAACAGUUUCGCAGCAAGAGCAAGAGCUGGCAGGGCGAAAAAUCAAGAUUAAGCGGGCUAACCGUUAAAGCUAAUCUUAAGCGGCUGGGUUUUUGAAUGUUCGAUCGUAUUAGGGAACGAUCGAGUCCAUGUUUCUCCAAUGGAUGCGAGUUGAUUUCGUUCGGUCAAACGACGCUUCCCCGUUUGCAAACUGACGAUAGGAAUAUCUUGCCGAUGUAAAAGACGCUAGGCAAUAAGACUGCACGUAGAUUCCGAUUCUUUAAAUAUAUUGAUCCGGUUCCAGUACAAGCUGAACUAAGCUGGCAAGGCGAGAAAUCAAGAGGAAAUGAGCUAACCGCUGCAGCUAAUCUUAAGCGGAUGAGUUUUUGAAAAUUAGAUCGUGUCGGAAAAUGAUUGAACACGUGUUCCCGUUUGCAAACCGAUGGUAGAAAUAACUAUCCUAUGUAACAGAGUAGACAACGAUACUACAUAGCGUCCAAUUUAGUUCUAUAAGUAUUAGGGGGGCCGGAAAGUAAUGUCGUUUUCUACAUUAAAUUCAAUGCGCAAAAACGAUAUUACUUUCCGGUCCCCCUAAUAUACAGAUCAGGUUCUAGUACAGGUUGAACCGAUUAGGCAGGGCGAAAUAUCAAGAUCGAAUGAACUAAUUGUUAAAGCAAAUCUUAGGCGAAUGAGUUUCUGACAGUUCGAUGGUAUUGGAGAAUGAUAGAGCCCACGUUUCUCCAGUGGAUGCGAGUCGAUAUUGUCCAGUCAGAUAACGCAUUCCAGUUUCCAAGCCGACGAUAGGAAUAACUUGUCAAUUGAACAUUUUACCGACCGGCGAUCACGGGUAUCGCGGAAUCGAUUAAUAGGCUUCCGGUCGAUGAAUUGUUAAUAGACCCUAGACAACAAGACUACGUAGCCUCCAACUGAGUUCUUCGAGUAUAAAGAUCAAGUUCUAGCACAGACUGAGCCGAGCUGGCAGAGCGAAAUAGCAAAAUGGAAUGGACUAAUUGUUAAUGUAAAUUUUAAACGGAUGAGUUUUUGAUUAUUCGAUCGUAUCAGAGAACGAUGGAAGUCUCUCCGGUGAAUGCGAGUUGAUUUUGUCGAGUCAGACGACGCGUUCUCGUUUGCAAGCGACGAUAGGAACAACUUGCCGAUUUAACGGACACUAGGCAACAAGACUGUACAUAGCCUCCGAUUGAAUUCUCUAAGUAUAACGAUUAGAUUCUAGUACAAGAAAAGGAAAAACGCUUAAACGUCGAUUCUAAGGUUGGUUGCACGUCGUGGGCACGCGCGCAUAUGCCCAUCAUAAAGCUAAUAUACGAGGUUCUCGCGUGCUUGCGCGCUCGUGCUGCACCCUAGCGGAAACGACAAGUUUUAGUCGAAAAUGCAAUAGCUCUGACCCAAUCCUAGAGACGGCAGGGCAGAGCGAGUAAAACUGCGAGAGGGCACGUGUCACAAAUUUCUAAUGCUUUCAAUUAUCGGGCGGGCAUCCCACUGUACAGACAGGACACCAAUCCCUAUCGUGGUUUUACAACCUCUUGUGUAAUUCAUAGUUAUUUUCAUUGAUUACUAGUGGGCGUUUAAAAAAAUGCCAAACGAUUGAAAAGCCGUUUAAUUUUUAUUUUUUAAUUGUCUUAGGGUUCGGUGCUAUUGCCCGUCCACGAAUAAUGUGCGCUCAAAGAAUGAAUGUAUUUUUUUUUCUUUUUUUAUAUAUAUAGUAUAUAUAUAUUAUGUGCGAUAGGGAAAUGCAUAGAGAAGAAAAGAGAACAUAGAUAAAUUAUCUUAAAAUGUGCAAAGUUUUUAAAUAUUGUAAUAAUUAUCGUACGUUAUGUCAGUCUCAAGCUGUAAUAUAACUCCUUAUAAUAAUACAAUCAAUUUCUCUCCUA